CGUUCACGUGACCGGCGGCUGUUGUUUGUGUCCGCCGCGCCUCGCGCUCAGUUGGCGGGUCUCUGCGCGGCAGAAGGCGGCUGGGAGGCAGAGGAAGGAACCGUUUGCACCACUUUAUUCUCCAACAUGUCGCACAGGUCCGGAGCUCCGCGCACGGAGUCCAGGCGCAGUUUCAGGAGCAGCGGCCCGUCCCGGUGGUCCCAGAGCCGGAAGAGAGGAAUCGAUGGGAACCUGCGGAGCCACAGUGAUGAUGACGAUGCUGCCGCUGAUGAAGGCCUCUAUGGCGGCAGACAGUCCAGCUUCAGAACCCCAGAGAGCGCGGGGCCCGUCUCCCGAUGCGCCCGGCGGCCGGACUGGGGCAGCCAGGUGGAGGAUGAGGAGGAGAUGAGGAAGGACGUCCACAGAGACAUGCAGCGUUACAGGAGGAGGAUACUGGGGUCAGAACCGGGCCAGCGGGAGAGGAGGGCCUCCUCUGGAUCCUCUGGCAGCUGCGACUCCAGAGAAGGAGAAACCAUGGAAACGGACGAAGCCGUGCUGAUGAGGAGGCAGAAACAGAUCAGCUACGGCAAAAACACGCUGGCCUACGACCGCUACAUCAAGGAGGUGCCCAAGCACCUGCGGCAGCCGGGCGUUCACCCGAAGACGCCCAACAAGUUCAGGAAGUACAGCCGGCGCUCCUGGGACCAGCAGAUCAAGCUGUGGAGGGUCAAACUGCACGCCUGGGACCCGCCAGCAGGGGGCAGCCAGGAGAACAGCCUCAGCGACAACAUAGAGGAGCUGGACCUGGAGGACAUGGUGGACAUCGAGUUGGACUUCCCUACCCUGGCCGACCCUCAGGACGCCCCGUCUUCUUCUGUGGUAGAGGACCAGGACUGCUCAGCUACUCCAGUUAAAGUCCAGAAGACGGAGGAUCCCAGCGUGGCCUAGAGCGUCUCAGCAGCACCCCCUGCUGCUGGAGGUUUGCUCUGCAGGAGGUGGACAGUCGGUGACUCUGCUGAUGUUCCAGUGAACCACAGGAGCACUUCUAAGCAGCCGAGCUUCAUGUGUUCUUCUUCACUGCUGGAGGAGGCGUCCAGCGUCUGUCCUGCAUGUUUCUGGUAGAAGGUUUCAGUUUGAGGAAAGAAAAGGUGUUUAGUUUUAAUGAUUCCUCUGAGGGAAGGUUUGGAAAAUGUUUUAAUUCAGCUGCAUUGAUUCCUUUUUUUUUAAUUCCGGUCUUGUUUCUUAUU